UCAAAUGUCAAAUGCACGUUAAAUGUCAAAUUACAAUCAUUUGUUGACGUUUUGACUGGUAAUACUAGCAUAUUGAAUAAAAGAAAACCAAUUCUAACGAAAUACGAUGUAAUUUUUCAAACUCAACAUACAUUCCAUCACCAUGGCGUUUUCCCAAGUUUGUUCCGGCGAUAUUCUUCAUUUAAAUGUCGGCGGAAAGAGGUUCUCGACCUCCAGACAAACUCUAACGUGCGUUCAAGAUACGUUUUUCACGGCUUUAUUAAACGGUCGCAUCUCCAGUUUACGGGAUGAAAAAGGGUCGAUUUUUAUUGAUAGGGAUCCAGAGAUUUUUGCUGUAAUUUUGAAUUAUUUGAGAACUAGGGAGAUUAAUUUGAAAAAUGUUGAUAUCAAGUCUUUGAGACAUGAGGCAGAAUAUUAUGGGAUAUCUCCUUUGGUGAGAAGAUUGAUGCUUUGUGAGGAAAUGACUCAAUCUACAUGCGGUGAUGUUUUGUUUUAUGGAUAUCUUCCACCACCAUGUAUCCCAAUCCAAGAUCCACCACCUUGUAAUUCAGUAACACAAACUGAACCGACUGCUGUACAUGUCUCAAGACCUGGAGUUAGUGUUCGAUUAGAUAACCAACCAGGUCCAUCAGGUAUUUAUGAAAACAAAGUGACAGGAGGGGAGAAUUCUCAAUGUUCAAAUGGAGCAAGUAACUGUGAUAGUGUAAAUUAUAACAACCAUCAAUAUGUACAGAGUUCUAUUAACUCUUAUAUUCAAAAUAGACAACCUGGACAUUCAAGAAACUCUUCAAUGGAAUUAAGAUUAUCUGGAAAUUGUAGUCGUAGUUCACAGGAUCUUAGGGGGUUGCAGGGACGAAAUGGGUCAGGACCAAAUCAUUCGAGGGCGGCAUCUUUGGAUUUGAGACACACACGUAAUUCAUCAGCGGAUUUAAAUAAAAUGAUUCGAAAUGAUGUUGGGUUGGUUUUCAGUCCAAGCAGUUCAGGUUGGGCUGAUCCAUUAAGAGUUCAAAUCAUUAAAGCUCAUCAUAAUUGGAUUGUUGUUGCUUAUGCACAUUUUGUUGUUUGUUAUAGGUUAAAAGAUUCUAGCGGUUGGCAACAAGUUUUCACAAGUCCCCAUAUUGAGCAGUGUAUUGAACGAAUCGCAAUUAACGCGAAAAUGGGAACUGGAUGUGAUGCUUCGAAAAUGGUUGCAAUCUCUUAUGGUAGUCAAGUUAGACUGUGGGGAGUGUCUGAAGAUGGCAACAAAACUAAUGUUGGAACAUUUAAUUUACAUGUUAGAGUUGAGUAUCUCUUCUUUAUUGGGAGCCAAUUAGUUGCUUUAUCCCCUUCAGGAAAACUUGGGGUUUGGCAUGCUAUGACUCAACAUUGGCAAACUCAAGAAGUAAUGACAAUAGCCUCAUUCGAUACAGCAGGCUCGUUUUUAUUAUUAGGUUGUAAUAAUGGAUGCAUUUAUUAUAUAGAUAUGCAAAAAUUCCCACUUCGUAUGAAAGACAACGAUCUUCUUGUAACUGAACUAUAUCGAGAUCCAAACAACGAUCCUGUAACAGCAAUUUCCGUGUAUCUCACUCCUAAAACAACGUCGGAGAGGGGUCGCGAAGACUUGUGCGGAAAUUGGAUUGAGAUCGCUUAUGGAACUCGUUCCGGAUCGGUACGAGUUAUUGUUCAACAUCCGGAAACUGUCGGACAUGGACCACAGUUAUUUCAAACGUUUACCGUUCAUCAAAGUCCAGUAACUAAAGUAACAUUAUCUGAAAAAUAUUUAGUUUCCGUUUGUUGCGAAUACAAUCACGUUCGAAGUUGGUUAGUAACGAGAUUUAGGGGAAUGAUUUCCACGCAACCUGGUUCAACGCCUGAAGCAUCGUUUAAAAUAGUCUCUCUAGAAGCCGUAGAACCAUGUAUAAGUCAAGCGGUUGCAAACGAUUGCGGCCCCUUUGGCGAACAAGACGACGAACAAGUUUUUGUACAAAAAGUUGUGCCGGAAACUGAUCAAUUAUUUGUUCGACUGGCAAGCAAUGGAAAAAGAGUCUGUGUAAUAAAAGCUGUCGAUGGAAGCACAGUAAGCGCGUUUUGUGUCCACGAAUGUGAAGGUUCAAGUAGAAUGGGAUCGAGACCACGAAGAUUUAUCUUUACUGGUCAUUCAAACGGUUCAAUUCAAAUGUGGGAUUUAACCACUGCAUUGGAUUUAAUGUAUAAAAAUGGAUCUGCUGAUAAAACAAAUGGUGGGCCUACACCAGAAGAACUCCUUCAACUGUUAGACCAAUGCGAUUUAUCAAAUAGCCUCUGUUCGACACCAUGCAUGUCACCUUCUCCGUCUUUAGUAGCCGCCGCUCGAUUAAAAUCAACGAACGUCGCGUUUCUCAAUCAAUUACAAGACAGCGAUCGCUCAUCUAGUUCUAAUUAAACUAAACCGUCUGCAUCUCUCUAUUUAUAAAACGUUGUUCUUGUUAUAUCCGUUAGUUCCUAGAUAAGUUGUUGACCUAUUCGAACGGACAUAUCUCAAUAUCUUCUUUCGAUUCUUUUUUUUUAUUGCCUUCGCGUCGUAUUUUCGUACUUAUUUACCUGAUUGAAAAUGUGGGGAUUGUAUUUUUGACUAUUAUUUGAUUGUAUCGACUCUUAGGUCUUAAGUAAGAAUGGUUAUGUAUUUGUAAGAAUGAAAUUAAAUAUUUUAUGUAUUCA